AGGGUUUAAGCUUUCCACUAAAACCCUCAUUUGAUCAACCUCAGAAAUUAUGCAGAGCCUUGUGAAAUUAGCAACGAAGACUACUCUAAUAGACUCUCUGAUCAAAACCCAACUCAUCCCCACCGUCAAUUUCAAAUCUUUCUCCACCAAACCCUCCGCCCCCAAUCGGAACCCUAAGAAAUCCGACGACGAGUGGAACGACGCGUGGGAGACGGCGUGGCUCCCGCAUGAUCCACCCUCCGAGAACGACAGAGCUCCAUGGGAGACAGACGAGAAUCUCUCGCCGUCCGCGGCGGCGCCGGAGGUCGUGAUCGCGUCCGACGCCGACCCGGAGACGAAGGCGUUUGUGGAGGACAUGAAUGCGAACUGGGACGAGAGAAGGAAACCUAAAGAGGAGAAGAAGAAGCAGCAGAGCGGGAGUGGUGAGCUUUAUAGCUUGGAGAAUAUAAAGAAGGACUAUAGGUUGAAGAAGCAGAGAAUUCACGCCGGGCUUUGGAUGAAGGAGAUUGAGAAGCAGCAGGAGGCUAAGUUAGCUGAUUGCGGCGGCGACGAUAUUGAACGGUUGCUUGAUAGCUGCAAUGAUAUUUUUGAUGCUACGAACGAUGAUUUGGAAAAUGCGAAGGCGCCGAGUGGGGAUGAUUUCAAGAACAAGCCGGAUGGUUGGGAGACGACAUCCAAGGCUCAAGAGGGGAGUGUGUGGGAGAUGACACAGAGGGAAGAGGAUAUUCUGCUCCAAGAGUUUGAGCGUCGAAUUGCGUAUAACAAGUUUCAGAUUGCUAGUUUUAUCAAGACUCACAUAUUUAGUCGAAGGAGACCAAUUGAUGGGUGGAAAUACAUGAUAGAGGAACUGGGGCCAAAUGCUAGGAAAGGCAAAGGUGCUGUUUCAAGGUUACCAAAUCUAUCAGAUGCAUCAACCCAACCCUUCAAGGAGGAAAGGACUCCAAUUAGCAGCAAUCUUACCUCUUACAAGAAUAGGUAGUUUUGUAUCGACCUACUUCUGUAUACUCCUUCCCUGCUGUGAUGACCUUUCAUUGUUACAGAGGAAUCAGCAUUGAAACUCUUCGUAGCUACUGUGACACAUGCUUCCCGCAAGUUUUCGAUGUUCAGUGCAUCAAUGUAUAUGAUGGAUCCUCCUGUAAAUUAGUGUGAUUGAAUUAAUGUGUGUAUUCCCUUAGAAGCUGCAGUUGCAACCUCUGUACUGUUUUUCCACUUCAUCUUAUUUCU